ACGUUGUAUAUGUCCCCAUAAUUCAACAGUGUGUAAAGUCUCACCAAUGGUACCUUACCCUGUUAUUUGUAUUUUGAGUUGUGUUGUGAAGGGAAGAUAGCUUGGCCAGAAAUCUUUUAGCACAGGACAGAAAAGGCUGGGCCUUGUUAAUUUUUAAUAGUAUGUGUCAGCUGAUCUGAUCUGAUCUCCUGAAUAUAGAGAUGAACUUUCUGCCAAACUGCACCAGAGGAGAUUAAUGAGCCCAGCGUACUUCCUCUGAUUUUCCCUGGCCAGGCUGUAAAGAUGCAUGGGAUCUUUGCUAGUUGUGCGCUCUCAGCCCUGCUGCUGGCUGCAGCCUGGGCAGACCACCACCACCACCACCACGGCUCUGAACACAGCCACGAGGGAGAGCUGAACUGCCACAAACUGUCCUCUCCCAAUGCUGACUUUGCCUUUGCCCUAUACAAAAGCCUGAAUAACAAAACUGCUGCUGGACAAAACAUCUUCUUCUCGCCGCUGGGCCUCUCCACCGCCCUGUCCGUGCUGUCUACAGGGGCCAGUGGUGAGACCCACCGCCAGCUGUUCUCCAGCUUGGGCUACAGCACCUUUACCCAGACCCAGGUCAAUGAAGCGUACGAGCAUCUUUUCAGCAUGCAUGGAAACAGCCAGGAGAGCCAGCAUCUGGAUGUCGGUAACGGCGUGGCCGUGCGCUCCGGCUUCAGUCCUCUGGAGAAGUUCCUGAAGGAUGUCAAGCACUACUACUCCGCCGAUGUCUUCAACGUCGACUUCACCAAAUCCGCCGAGGCUGCAGCUGAAAUCAACACGUUCAUUGCUAAUAAAACAAAGGAUAAGAUCAAAGAUAUGGUGAAGGACCUGGACCCUGAUAUGGCCAUUGUGCUUAUUAACUAUGUCUACUUUAAAGGACAGUGGAAAACACCGUUCAAUCGGGACAUGACACGCAAGACGGACUUCAAUGUGGACAAGACCACCAAAGUUCAGGUGGACAUGAUGAUCAGGAAGGGUGACUACGACACCUACUGGGACGUCGACAACCACACCACGGUCAUCAUGCUGCCCUACAAGGGCAACACCUCCAUGAUGAUCGUCCUGCCCGAUGAAGGCAAGAUGAAGGAGGUGGAGGGCUUCAUCAACAAGGACUACAUCAAGCACUGUCGAGACUCCGUCUCAAUGAAAUAUGUGGAUCUGUACCUGCCAAAGUUUUCAGUCUCUGCUGAUGCUCCCCUGGAAAGCACACUCAAAGAAAUGGGCAUAACCGACGCUUUUGAGAACAAGGCUGAUUUCUCUGGCAUGUCUGAGGUCCCGCUCAAAGUCUCAAAGGCGUCCCACAAGGCUCUGCUGAGUGUCGCCGAGAUGGGAACAGAGGCAGCAUCCUCCACCAUUCUUGAGGUAGUAUACUUCAGUAUGCCCCGGCCCGUGAGAAUUGACAAACCCUUCUUGGUCUUCAUCCUGGAGAACGUCACCGGGAGCAUCCUCUUCAUGGGCAAGAUCAACAACCCCACAGCCAUGUAAAGAAGCAAGACAAAUAAGAACCAUGAACUAUGAUCACAGGUUGCACAGGUUACACCUUAUAUCUUUUACUUUGAAAAGAUAAUAAAGGAGGACACUGAAAAUGGAAAAAAA